AUGAAAACAUUCAACAGUAUAGAGCAACAACAACAACAACGCAACAACAACAACAACAACAGUAACAAUAUGCUUUAUUCGUAUUACUCCGAAAUCAACAACAACAACAACCAUGUAGACAGCGCAAACAGCAUGCAAACCGACAUUCAGACAACAACGACAACAACAACAACGUCUCUUUUCAACAACAACAACAAAUUAACGUCCACAUCUCCGCUACCACCAUCAUUCCCGACAUAUCAAAACCCAUACACUACCCAAUAUUUUGGCUACCAGAGCCCUGCAAACCCCGACAUACCAACCUACUUCCCAUACUACUACUACUCAACCAACAACGUUAAUGGCAUGGCGGCCAUUUGUAAUAACGGUAGUAGUGGUAUUGGUGGCGGCGAUCCUAGCGGCAUAAGUGUUGGUAGCGUGGAGAAUGGCUUGAUGACAAAUCUAAAUGGCAAUGAUGAUGAAGAUGAUGAUGACGACGACGACGAUGAGAACGAUGAUGACGCUGCUAAUGAUCAUCAUGUUUAUUCAUCAAUGAUUGGCGGGUUUCAUAGUGGCGUCAAUGUAGAAAACGGAAAUAGAAAGAUACAAAAUAAUUUAAACAGCAACAACAACAGCGCUAACGGUAAUGACAUUCAUAACAACAAAAACGUAAGCAAGAAUAGUUCGUCUCAAAAUGGUAGAAAUAAAAACAACACAGCCAACAACAACAACAACCUAGACAAGCCAAAUUCUCCUAAUCGCAAAACCAAAACUAUUGAAAAAACAACACAAAGAAAAAUCAGACCAAGUAAAACAACAUUACACGGCAACAAAAGCAUCAACAACAACACUAACAACAACAACAACAACAAAAACGACAACAACAACAACAAUUUUUAUGAAAACAAAAUCAACGACAUCAAUCUACUAAACACAUCAGCAGCAUUUUUACCGAACUUACACGAAUCAACUGACAACAACAACAACAACACCGACAACAACGACAACAUCAACAACAACAUCAGCAACAACAUCAAUAACAACACCAACAACAAUUCUUUUGGUAUACAUGAACUUUUGGGUUUACACGCUGCGUACACGUCAUUUUAUCCAGUACAAAAAAGAUCAUAUUUAAGCGAUCCGACAAAUUAUUUUUACCACAAAAACAACAACAACAACAUCAACAACAACAACAGCAUAAAUAACAAUCACAACAAUAAUCAUCUUCAUCACCCUCAGCAUCAUUCUGAUAAAUAUUUAGAUUUUCAUCUAAAUAGCUCUUGUUCAUCUGACUCAAAUACUCAAGAUGAUGAUGACGACGACGACGAUGCUGAUGACGUAAACAAUAGCGAUGCUACUAACAACCACAACAUAAACAGCAGCAACAGCAACAUAAACAACAACUUGAAUGGUUAUCUCAGUGUAGAUGGCAUAUUAAACAACAACAGCAACAACGACAAUGAAAAUGGAAAAAUCAACAACUGCGUCAACAUAGAUAAAAUAUUAAAAAAAUCAAACGACCAAUCAUUAAACGUAAACAACAACAACAUAUUUCAUCACAACAACAACAACAUUUGCAACAACAAUCCCAUCACAAACAUCCAGAAAAAUAACUCUGCCUUCAUAAGUUUAACACCAGCAUACAACACUCUAAAUGGCAGUAUAAACAGCAGCCCCAUUCAUCACAAUGGCAACAAUAUAUUAACAGACUCAACAACAGCAACAACAACAACAACAACAACGGAUAUAAACAACGACGACGACAUCAACAAAUUUCCACCGACGCCAUUUUAUCCGCCAUCUUGGAAAUCGCCAACCUUUUCCGGUUUGUCUACCUUUCACGAUGUACAGGAUUUCGCUUCGUCCAUGAUGUUUUUCUCGCAGCCAACUUUGCAGCAACAACAUCAGCAGCAGCAGCAGCAACAACAGCAGCAGCAACAGCAGCAGCAACAGCAACAACAACCACAAACAAAUCAACUACAACUUCUACACGGCGAUAAUGCAAUGAUAUUUGGUCACACAACAAACGCUCUUCUAUCGCCCGGGUCCGAUAUGACCAUUUCCGGCCAACAACAGACUACUUCCGGCUUGUCUAAUCACCUGACGUAUGGAGGUGGGGUGGGUAGUGUCGGGCUGCCUUUGAGGCACGGGGUAAGAAGUGCCCUUUCUGGGUUCGGAUCCGUUCUUGGGGGUUAG